CAAGCAGCGGCGGCGCCCGGGCACUGCAGAGCCGGCGUCGUUCUCGCGUGGCACAGCCGGGUGGUGCGGCGGCAGCGGCGGCAGCGGCAGCGAGAGCGGGCCGUGAGCGUCGGGCAGGCGUCGGCAGAAUGAAAGGGCCGCCGGGCGGCUCGGCGUCGGAGGUGAUCCGCGAGGGCGAGCUGGAGAAGCGCAGCGACAGCCUCUUCCAGCUGUGGAAGAAGAAGCAGGUGGUGCUGAGCAAGGAGAGCCUUUGCCUCUUCUCGCCCGAGGGCGGCGGCGGCGGCGGCAAGGCCCGCGCCAAGGAGCUGCGCUUCGGCUCCAUCCAGAAGGUGGACUGCGUGGAGCGCACCGGCAAGUACGUCUACUUCACCAUCGUCACCACGGACCGCAAGGAGAUCGACUUUCGGUGCCCGGGCGAGAGCUGCUGGAACGCCUCCAUCACCCUGGCGCUCAUCGACUUCCAGAACAAGCGCGCCAUCCAGGACUUCAAGAGCCGGCAGGAGGCCGUCGAGCAGGCGGCGGCGGGCAGUCGCGACAGGCGCCUGGCUCGGGCGCCCUGAGCCCCGCGCCCGGGCAGUCGCGCGAGCCAGCCUGGCUAAGUAGACUGUACAUAAUUGUCUUGGACUGAACCAGGACCGGAUACCAAUGAAGGAAAGCAAAGAAGGAUGUUACAGUACCUGGCUUUUUCCAGGUGUAAUCAGAUGGCUAAGCAAAGAGGCCAAGCUUCUCCUGAGAGGCAUUUAGAAACCAAAGAACUUUUUUAAAAAAGAAAAAGACUUAAGUCAAAGAGUAAGGUUGUGUGUCCAAGACACCGAACUUUGCAAAAAAAAAAAAGUUUUUUUUCUAUUUAUGAAAUGCAAAGAACAUGUGACACCUGCAGGUGUGAAACCAUUUAAAUUAUUUGUAAUAUCUAUAUUUGUAUUUAUUUUGAUAAAACACAUUUGUCUUAAAAUUGCUUUUAGCAUUUAAAUGUGUCCAUUCCAAAUUAAAUGCUUUUUUUUACUACAUUUCUGAUGUGCAGUCUUUCCUUUAUUAGGAGUGAAAAUAUGUGUUCUACCUAUAACCU